AUGCGCCCGCCCCGGGGAGGCCCCAGGCUGGAGGGCGGGGGAGGAGGAAGGGCGGGUAAAGGGCGCGCGCGGCCGAGGAAGCGGGCACGCGCCGCAGUCUCCUCCUCCCGCCUCCCCCCGGCCGGUUCCCCCCGCCUCCGCAACCCGGCGGGGACCCGGACGCAGCGCAGCCGCCGCCGGGCCCGGAGCGCAGCGGCCGCACCGCCCCCGGGGACCGGAUCCGGAUUCCCGUCGCCCCCCCUUGCCGGGCUCCCGACGCCGUCCCCGCCCGCCCAGGCAGGCGAGCAGCCGGAGAGAAGCGGCCCAGCCUGCCCCCCGCCCCCGAGCCACCCACCCCGGCCAGAGGCGCCGCCACCGCCCAGACACCCCGACGCGCACGGAGGAGCCCGGCGCAGAGGCGCGACCACGGCGGGAACCGCCGCCUCCUCCCCCGAGCUUGCGGCCCAGCCCCGCCGGCGCCCCCGCCCCGGCCUCCGGGGAGCGGAGCCAAGGAGAGGGCGGGAGGACGGCGGCCGGGAGGCGGGGGCGCAGCGCUCACCGGCCCCGCCGCCCCCUCCGGCGGCCGGCGAGAACUGCGCCUGCCGGCUCGGAGAAGCGCGGGCUCCUCUGCCCGCGGCCAGGGCUCGGCUCGGGCCUCGCUUCCUGCCCUCCCCUCCCCCGGUUCUCGGCGUCCUCUCCAGUGCCCUGAUAUUCUUUCGUCCAGCCCCCUGCCUGGAGGGCGCCCCGGGUGCCCCCCGGUGUCUACAGCACCCGCGGCUCGCUCCCCGCCGCCCGGCCCCGGCCCCGACCCCGGCGCGCGUCCUCAGCCGCCUCGGUUACCCGGCGCAGCGCGGCCUCCGGGCUUCCCGCUCUGGCGGCUCCCUCCCCGGCUCUGAGCGGCGGCGCCCUCCCCCGCUCGGCCGGGCACAGCCGCAGCUCCCUCCCGCGGCGGCAGCGGCUCCUCCUCCGGGCGCGGCGGCGGCGGCGGCAGCCCGCCCGCCGCCCGCCCGCCGGCCCCGGCCUCAGCUCGCACACCCCCCGCCGCCGCCGCAGCCUCCGCCGCCGGAGCGGGGAGGAGGAGGGAGAAGGGAGGAGGAGGAGCGGGAGGGGGGGCGGGAGAAGCGGGGCAGCGAGCGCGUCCUUCCCCGCCUGCCCGGGCGCAUGGAGAUCGGCGGCGCCGCCACUCGCGCAACCCCUCUCCCCCGAAAUCCGCGGAACCCGGGCUCACUUACCGAGCGUGUGAAUGGGAGCGCAGGCCAGGAGCACCUAGGGGUGCGGCGGGCCGAAGAGCGGAGCCGUAGCUCCGCCGCAGCCGACGCCGGGGCCGCGAGUCGCCAGACAAAGCCCGAGAUGGCGAAGCGGAGCGACGGCUAA